ACCUUUUGGCAGUGUGUGCGCGCGCCCUGCACCACACGCCGAUGGUGAUGAUGAUGAUGAUGAUGGGUGGACCGAGCGGAGGUGGACCGGUAGGGCUCAUUUCCUCAUCUGGCUUCACCGCAGCGUCAGGAACCCCGUAGCCCUUGCACCCUGCACCCCCCUCCUUCCUCCCUGCAACCCUGGCCGCAAGACCGGAUCACAAGCCCGCAGAAGCCUGAUCCAAUGUAUUAUUUACGCGCCAAACUUCAGCAACUCAUCCACCGGAUAUGGCUGCCGGUCUGAGGAAGCGUGCGCCGGGGGCAGCCUGGGCAGCAGAUCCAGCACCGGCGAGGGAUGCCGGAGGAGGAGGAGGAGGAGGAGGAGGAGGAGAUGAGGGGAGGCGUGCAAGAAGAAGGAGCUGGUGGAGGAGCGGAGCGGUGGGAAUGCCUGCAAAGUAUGCGCUGUCGGCUGGGAUGUUUUUUGUCCUGCUCCGGUGUUCUUUGGCCGCAGAGGAAAAGAACACCUAUGAUGGUUCUGGCUCCUCGUCUUUACCGAGCGACCCCGCAGUCCCAGCUCCUCCUGCUCAUCCUUCAGCUGACCAGCGGGUGCCUUUUGCGGCCCCCCACUCAGAGGCUGGCUCAGAAUCUGAGGGGCAAGGCCUAUCAGGCCUACCAGCCUUUUCAUCUGUCUUAUCUCUCAUGGCGGAAACUGUCAAACACCCAGAGAGCCUUGGUCAUAGUCGAACUUCCCCGACACUCUCCACUGAUAGCAAAAUCACUCGAUGGCCUUCACACAGUUCCAGCCGAGACUCAGAGACGCCGUCUUCAUCGUCCCCAGGAAGUUCAUUGGCGGAGAAGGACAAGUUAACAUCGAGAGUGUCUGCGCCCGCUGCUCCCAAAGAGGACGGACUAUCCCCCUCUAAAUCCACCAGAAUGACUCCUCCUGGGCUCACUGAGAGGACAUCUCAGGUAUCACCUCUGACCGCUCAACAGGACACCACAACAGCCUCUGUGAAGCUCAGCACCACAAACGUGGCUGCUAGCACCACGACAAGAAUGCCCCAGACUUCUACGCCUUCGCAACGAGUCACCACCACACAGUCCAUCCCCACAACCUCGGUGCUGCCUGUGACCGUCUCCUGGAAAACAACCACUUUCGCAACCAUCAGGACUCCAUCGACCAGGAGACUAUUCAACCCGCCCAUUCUGAGGACGAACCCUCCAAGAGGAGGCACUACUGUCUUUGUCUCCCCUUUUACCACCACCACCAAAGCUCCACCUCAGCAGUGUAAUAUCACUGAAAGAAUGUGGGUGAGAACAGUUGUGUCCAUCUAUGUGAGGAGGAACAGGCUGGAUAGCAUUCAGAGGCAGAAUUUGCGUCGAGGACUCAGUCAAGGCCUCCAGAAAGCUCUGAAUGAUAGCUCAGCCCAAGCGCAGGUGGAGACUGUAUUUGGUUCACCCAACAUGACGGUGGCUUAUCACGUGACUGGAAAAGACAUGGUUUACGUCCCCUCCAUGGUGCUUUCGGGCUUGGAUGCAUAUGGCCGAGAUAAGCUGAUUGCAGACCUGCGACAGUACCUCCCCAUGGUUACAGCUCUCCCCAUUCCUGUUGCAAUGUGGAGAACCAGCCCGGCACCAGGCUUCCAACUGAAAACAGUUCUGCAGUUUGUGGGAGCUGUCGAUGAUCCACGCUCCUGUCAGUUUUCUCAAAUGAUGGAGGAGAGGCUGAGGAAGGUUUUCUCUGAAGCACAAUCCAAAGUGCUCGGUGUCAACAACAAACUGUCUGUACAGAUGUUGAGUGUCUCCCAGGCUACGGGCUCUUCUGCUGUAUCAUUGGUUUACAGUGUGAAAAAUGGGACUGUCUUUCUUAAUGGCACCGCCGCUUCAAACCUUCUUGGUCAGCUGUCCUCUGAGCUGGUGGGCUAUUUCCUCUUCUACCCACCGCUUAUCGUCGCUGAACCACUGGAGUAUCACAACCUGAACACCUCUAUUGCCACCAGGGACUUUUGGGUUAUCACAGUAAUCCAGGAUGUUGAUAACGCCAGCCUGGCCGAACUGUACCAAAGCUUUGCCAGUCUGAUGGAACAACGGCUUGCCGAGUUGUUUGUGUUGGCAGGCCAGCAGGGCACUCGCUUCAAACGAGCCACUGCUGUCGGCAGUUACACUGUCCAGAUGGUGAGUCUCAGAAGAGUGCCGGGAAUAAAGAAUCCAGCAGAGAUGACCUACUACGUGCAGAACAAUGGCAUUCCUCUAGCAGGAGUGUCAGCUGCCAAGGUGCUCAACACGGUGGAUUCUCAGACCAUGGCGCUCACCCUGGGCUACUUUGUUCAACUGCAAGCAGAACCCGUGGUCAAGAACCCUCCAAAUAACCUUUGGAUCAUCGCUGCAGUGUUGGCUCCCAUCGCUGUUGUGACACUCAUCAUUCUCAUAACUACAGCUGUGCUAUGCAGAAGAAACAAAAAGGACUACAAAGCGGAUGCAAUUGGAAACCUGAAUCCACGAGCUAAGAUGGCAUACCGGAGGGACGUCAACUACUAUCAUCAGCCAGUUCAAGGUUUUGACUAUGCGAAGCAGCAUUUGGGGCAACAGGGAGGAGACGAGGAGACCCUACCUGCUGGUCAAGAUACUUUGAUGUUGUCCUUGAAAAUUCGCGAUGCACCACUUUCGCUGGAGAAGACCUUGAAACCCGAGGGCACAGUCAACAAGGCGAACCUCGCCAGUGACAAAUACAAAAGCAAGUUGUUGAGUGAGGACGGUUCCGUCAUCAACAGCGAAUCAGAGCUGCGGAAUUCCAUCCGGGGCUUGGCGGCGCCGAAAAUCACAGCGCAGCAGAAACCGAUAAAGGAGGAGACGCGCAAGAGAGACGAUCCAUACGAUACAUCCUCUGGCUCCCUGCAGCUCAUUUCAAUAAAGCCCAUGACAGCUCAGCUCAACUACUCGCAACAUGUUUCUUCUGACCGUGACUCAGCCAUGCUCAACGGAGAGGUGAACGUAGCCCUCAAGCAGGGGUCGGACAUCGAACAAUACAGAAACAAGCUGAGACUCAAGGCCAAGAAGAGAUAUUAUGACAUUCCUCCAAUGGAUGGUAGCAGCUACAGCAGCCAUGCCCUCUCGCAAAAACAGCAGCAUGGCCACGAGAGGGCAGAUCUUGAGGAAGAGCGAAAUUCCACCUACGUCAAGUCUCACGUGAGGAAAAAUCAGAUGGGGCAGAUGUCGUAUCGCAGCAGGCAGAGCCUCAAUAGUCCAAGUCCUGGAGGAACAGAGAUGGAUUUGCUUGUGAUGAGGGAGAGACCCAGGAAAGGCAUCCGAAACAGCGGCUAUGAUACUGAGCCUGAGUUGAUAGAAGAGACGAAUGUCGACCAUUUAAUGGAUCAGAGGGGCUUCGUGUACGGCCGCGGUCUAAAAGGCCAGUCACAGACGUCCACCCUGAGCUCACAGCCAUCCAUUGAUGAAGUGAGGCAGCAGAUGCACCUGCUCCUGGAGGAGGCAUUCAGUCUGGCCUCGGGGGGACACUCCACAUCCGGGAGGCACUCCCACCACCACCGGCCCCCUUCUGAUCACUACAGCGCCGUUCCAGCUUCACUUCCCUAUGCAGAUGUGGUGACCAGCGCCCCGGGCACGAUCAGCUGUGGUCGUGGUGGACUGCAAUGGAGCCCGUCUUAUGGCGCAGAUGUAUACCAGUGCAGUUUGCCUAAACCAGCCUUUCACUUCACCCAGCUCCCUGAAAUGGCAAUUAGCUCGCCUCCUCCAUUACCACCUCGCACUGGACCACCUCCCGGCACCUCCUUAAGACGUUCCAUCUCUGACCUGGGGCCCAAGGGGAAAAGCUCUCAGACAUCUGUCACGGAAAUGCAGACUCCACAUGACAACAACCCAUAUGGGCAGAGCUCCCGGGCAGCACUUCCAUCCAUCACUAUAGAGCAGCCUGUGUCCAACUACUCAGGAAACCCAAUCACAGCCGUCUAUUCCAUCCCAGCCAGCAGGCCGGGCUACUCGGACUAUUUCGUCUCUGCCUCGCCCACCUCCUACCACAGCCCCUCUUGGAUGUCCUAUCCUCCAGAACCGGAAGAUGUUUCGCAUCAGUGGGCAGACCCUCUUCCUUUGCCGGGUUAUGUCGAGGCUUUUCCUCAUCCUCGCUACCCCCAGGGGAGCCCUUCCAUACUUCCCCUACAGUACACUCAGGCCCUGGACCAACAGCCUGCCGCCCAGAGCACAGCAUCCCAGAAAAGCUUGCAGCAGUCGGGGAUGGACACGGACAGCAUUCCCCUUAGCAACCUCUCCACCUCUGCACUUGUACAUGCUAUACGACAAGAGGUGGCCAAGCUGGCAAAGAAGCAGAGUGACAUGUUCGACUUGUAGUAUGGAUCUUUCCCUUUUCCUGUUUGCCUCGCGUUGGCCCACACCAGACUCAUGACAGUGGCAUUCUUUCAGACUGAUUUUUGAUGUUUGUACUGUAAAAUGACCAGAUCUUAUUAACCCAUGGAUGAAUUGAUUUAUUUUAUUACACCAGUAAUAAUGCUGCUGGCAUAAGGCAACAGAGUAAUUUUAGUUUUGUUAUGUAGAGAAAAAUCUAACCCACUGUAAUUGGUUGUCCGAAGUGGCUGCACACCUCAUUGUAGAUAUGUCUACAGUACAAGAAUACCGAGUGGGGAGCAGAAUAUGCUUAUUUGAAAGGAAGUGAACAGUCAAAAUAAGCUUUGUUUUUACCAAAAGUACCAAACGCUUUCUGACAGCCUGUUGAGCGCAGUGUAUACACGCAUGUAAGACGAUAUUUUAUCUCAUCUGAUGGCGUCAAAGAGAUUUAGUGGUGUCACUGUCAGCCCUUUUUAAGCAUCACAGUAUGAUAACCAACUGGCUGAUUAGAUUCAACAAUUCCGGUGUUUUUUUUUUUAAUAUGAUGCUAGGACCACCAUAAAACCCUUUUAGAGGAAAAAAAAACAUUAAAUCACUGCACAUCUUUGGUGAUUCAUCUGAGUGGAAGAGAUAACCAUACUCUGCUUUGGGAUAAAAGCCUUCAUGGGUAAACUCAAAUCGAUCCUGCAGAAUUGCUGCCUGGGGGUCGUAAAGUGACAAUGGAUGCCAAUAAGUGCAUGGAGGUUUAUAGCGGCAUUACUGUUCAAACAUCCAGGUGCUCGAGAUUGCCUCCUUGCAAUGGGAAAUUGCUAAUAACAUGCUGGGCGAUAGAGCGAUGAAGUUAGGAGUAUAAGUCACAGUUCAAUACUAUCAUUUUCUCUCACUCAAGAAAUGUUACGUAGUCGAGCAUUCGGCUCAAGAAAAUAAACAAGUUUCUCACCUCCCCAAAGUUGAUCUGCCACUGAUAACCAUGUGCAGCAUUUAAGGAUUGAACUGUACAACUCACAGUCGUCAUUUUUUAUGCACAUCAGCAAUCAGUGCAGUUUCCUGGCGGAUAUACAGAGAUAUAACUCAAGAUUUUUACUUGGGCAUUGGUUGAACAAAUGACUGGAAAUGAACAUGAGCUAAAACAUAAUCUUUCAUGAUUGAUUGAUUAACUAAUUUGGAGUGUCAGACAGAGUGAAUGCCCUAUGUGAUUAAACUUAUAUACCGUUGUUGUUAUUUUGGGUUUGAUAUGUUUUUAAUCAGAAUGACAGCCUUAACUGUCUCUGCUUUCAACCUGAAAAUGUCAUUUCCCACAGUUCAUAACUAGAUUGCUCUCAGCCAGGUGAGAAAGUAUGUCGACUUCCAUUGUGAGAAAUUGCAUUUGUAAAAUGCAAUUUGUUACAAUACUGAUGUGAUUUCCUUUCCGCAGGCUUCUGUAUCUCACUCUCGUCAAGGAGGUUCCUGCAGAUGUUGGUGAAGGCAAAAUUAAAUUCAUCACAGCGUUUAUCUGCUUUUUGUCAAACUGGGAUUGCAUUUCUGCAACCUCCUGUGGAAAGAAUCCAUUUAAAAUGGCUGAACAGGAAAAAAAAUACAAUAAAAUACGAAAGAGAGAUUGCGAUAGACAUUUUAGUCCCUUCUUUAAUCUGAAUUUGUCACGGUGUAUGUGGUGUGUCAAAAAAAAAAUCCUGGUCUGGUGUCACAAAAAAUGUAUUUCAAACAAGGGUCUUUUCUUCAUUAUUUGUUGAGAGGGAAAGUAAAAAUAAACAGGUGUGGUUGCAUAACUGGGCACACUAUCUAAGGUGGGUGAAGUUGUGUUCAGAAUUCAGUAAUCACAUUCAAACUCAUCUUGAAUGAAAGCCAGCACACAUCUGUCAACAAUGAACGGGCCUCUAAUUUCUCAAAAUAAAGCUCAAAUGUUCGAAUAGGCUUUUCCUGACAUUUGGUUUCUAUUUCCAGGUAAUGGGAAAACAGCUCCCAAUCAUGGUGAACAUAGCUUCACUCUUGGUGUGGUCUUUUGGUGAUGAGCUGUGUGUUGUGUUUGCGCUAAACAAACCAUUUAUGGUCGAAAGUGGUUUAAUUAGACCAAUCAGUCCUGGAACUUUUCUGACAGUCCUCUUUACACAUGGCCAAAUGUAUCAUUCCAACUUUGUGUCAACGGUACAAUCGAGUACAUAAUUCAAGCUCUUUUAAAGUAUGUUUAAUGAGUGUGUGUAAGAACAUGAGAGCCCAGCAAACAGUUUUGGUAGUGAACUAAAAUGGUGAUUGUGAGCAUGUGUUAUCCAACAUAAUACAAGAUUAAAAACAAUGAUGCUCAUAUAUCAACAAAAACCGUCAAGGAGGAAUUAAAACUUCAUUCAAAUAAAUAUAUUACUUGGCAGGAGCACAGUUUUGGUUUGUGUGCAUAUCGUACAUUACUCUUGCUUAUAUGGGUUUUGUCUGGCGACUCCAGUUUUGGUCCAAACUCCCACAACAGUCAGUCAGUUGAAUGAAGAACUCGAUUAAAUUGUCCAUAGGUGUGAA